GAGGAGCUCGGGGGCCAUUUUGUGAAGAGACGGAGAGCGAACGGUCGUGUGCUCCCUGCUUGCUGUAGCCUCGGCGUCUCGACACAGACCCGAAGUAGGAGAGGCAGCCUCUUCUCUCUCUCCUUCUUCUUGUGAGAUUUUUUUGAUCUUCAGCUACACCGCAGCAACAUGGAUGCCCAGCCUGGAGCAGCAUCAGCCAGGAUGACCUGAAGCCAGGGGGGCCUUCGGAACAGAUGUACACCCUUCCUGGGUGAUGUUUUCAGCUUUGUGAGAAACCUUAUCAUCAAAGGAGAUGGCUAGCAAUGUUACCAACAAGACAGAUCCUCGAUCCAUGAAUUCCCGUGUAUUCAUUGGGAAUCUGAACACUCUUGUGGUCAAGAAGUCUGAUGUGGAGGCCAUCUUUUCAAAGUAUGGCAAAAUUGUGGGUUGCUCUGUGCAUAAGGGCUUUGCCUUCGUCCAAUAUGUUAAUGAAAGAAAUGCCCGGGCUGCUGUAGCUGGAGAGGAUGGCAGAAUGAUUGCUGGCCAGGUUUUAGAUAUUAACUUGGCUGCAGAGCCAAAAGUGAAUCGAGGAAAAGCAGGUGUGAAACGAUCUGCAGCGGAGAUGUACGGUUCUUCGUUUGACUUGGACUAUGACUUUCAACGGGAUUAUUAUGACAGGAUGUACAGUUACCCAGCACGUGUUCCUCCUCCUCCUCCUAUUGCUCGAGCUGUGGUGCCUUCUAAACGCCAACGUGUGUCGGGAAACACCUCACGAAGGGGCAAAAGUGGAUUCAAUUCAAAGAGUGGACAGCGGGGAUCUUCUUCCAAGUCUGGAAAGUUGAAAGGUGAUGACCUUCAGGCCAUUAAGAAGGAGCUGACUCAGAUAAAACAAAAAGUGGAUUCUCUGCUGGAAAGCCUGGAAAAAAUUGAAAAAGAACAAAGCAAACAAGCAGUAGAGAUGAAGAACGAAAAGUCUGAAGAAGAGCAGAGCAGUGCCUCUGUGAAGAAGGAUGAAACUAAUGUAAAGAUGGAGUCUGAGGCAGGUGCUGAUGACUCUGCUGAGGAGGGUGACCUGCUGGAUGAUGACGAUAAUGAGGAUCGGGGGGAUGAUCAGCUGGAGAUGAUCAAGGAUGAGGAAAAAGAGCCAGAGGAAGGAGAGGAUGACAGAGACAGCGCAAAUGGGGAGGAUGACUCUUAAGCACAUAGCGGAGUUUAGAAAUCCAUUAUUCAUUUAUCUGGGCGCUUGUGAGAGAUCAAAGUAACACCAGAUCCUCUCCCCUAGUAUCUUCAGCACAUUCUCACUGUUCUCCCUCUCCUAUUCCUUCCUGUGUUCAUUAAUUCAUAAUUGCCCUGCGCCUAGUUCCAUUUUCACUUUCUUUGAUGCUCCUUAGUAGUUUUGUUAAGUCUUACCCUGUAAGUUUUGCUUUAAUUUUGAUACCUCUUUGACUUAACAAUAAAAAGAUGUAUGGUUUUUA